CGAGUCCCGGAAGCUUGUUUCUGGGGCUGGCAUCCUCCGUGCUUGUUGCCCGGGCGUGGCCAUGGCGGUGCGGCGGCCAGUACGCGUGCUGGUAGACAUGGACGGCGUGCUGGCCGACUUCGAGUCAGGCCUCCUGCAGGGAUUCCGCCGCCGCUUCCCCGGGGACCCGCACGUGCCGCUGGAACAGCGCUGGGGCUUCCUCGCCAGUGAGCAGUAUGGAGCCCUGCGGCCGGACCUGGCGGAGAAAGUGGUCAGUGUCUAUGAAGCUCCAGGCUUUUUCCUAAACUUGGAGCCCAUUCCUGGGGCAGUGGAUGCUUUGCGGGAGAUGAACAACAUGCAAGAUACCGAGGUCUUCAUUUGCACCAGCCCACUGCGGAAGUACGACCACUGCGUUGCAGAGAAGUACCGCUGGGUGGAGCAGCACCUGGGGUCUCAGUUUGUGGAGCGGAUUAUCCUGACCAGAGACAAGACAGUGGUCAUGGGCGACCUGCUCAUUGAUGACAAAGACACUAUUCGAGGCCUAGAGGAGACCCCAAGAUGGGAGCACAUCUUGUUCACCUGUUGCCACAAUCAGCACCUGGCUCUGCCCCCCACCAGGAGACGGCUGCUCUCCUGGAGUGACAACUGGAGGGGGAUCAUAGACAGCAAGCGAGCCAGCCUGUGAAGGACCCUGAGGUGGGUCGACAGGUUACAGUCAGGUGACUUUCUCCAAGCAGGGAGCCACUGUGACCUCCACGUGAACCAACUCUGCCUUCCCACCCCUCUCAAGAGGGCUGCACCCAGAAGGCCCGCACAGAAAUACAGUGGAAAAUCAGUCAGUAGGUUUUUAAUAAAAAUCAAAACCAA